AUGGAGUCUUUCUGUAGAUUUUCUUAGCGAUUUUUUUUCAGUUUUGUUGUUCUUUUGAUUCUCUAACAGAGACUAAUCGCGACUCCAAUCGAAGCUCAGGGUAGCUGGGCAGGUAUUAGUAAAGACUUAAAAAAAUGUUAGAGGAGUUACUGAUCUUCACUAGAGGAGGAUUGAUCCUCUGGACUUGUAAGGAGCUUGGUAAUGCACUUAGAGGUUCACCCAUUGACACCUUGAUUAGGUCGUGUCUUUUGGAGGAACGUUCAGGUGCUGCUUCCUACAACUAUGAUGCUCCUGGUGCUGCAUAUACUCUCAAAUGGACGUUUCACAAUGAACUUGGCAUUGUAUUUGUUGCUGUUUAUCAGAAGAUCUUCCAUCUUUUGUAUGUUGAUGAUCUGCUUGCUAUGGUGAAGAAAGAGUUCUCGGAGAUCUAUGAUCCAAAACAAACUGUCUACAAUGAUUUUGAUGAUGUUUUUAGGCAGCUUACUAAAGAGGCUGAGGCGCGGGCAGAAGAAAUGAAAAGGUCGAAACAGGUCAGUAAGCCUGUGAACAACUUGGCAAAGAAGCAAGACAAAUUUCAGAAGUCCAGUACUGGAGGUGGUGUUACGAGAAAGGGUGAUGGUGAAUCCGAAAGUGAUGGUGCUAAUGAUAAAAGCUUGAGAGUUAAGAAAAUGGAAAAUGGUCAUGCCAAUGAUAACCAUGUCGGAAAUGACAAGCUACUUGUUGUUAAUAGUGAAAAGGAUGAAAGUUCCAAUGAUGGAGCUUUCGAUGUGAAUAAGUUACAGAAGCUAAGACAGAAAGGUAGUAAGAAAACAGAUGUUGCAAAGAAGGGCUCCAAGAUAGUGCCAAACAAAAAGUUAACAAAGAAUAAGAGAGUUUGGAAUGAUUCACCUCAAGAGGAAAAGCUGGAUUUUACGGAGCAAAUGAACGAGAAUGGAGAUGAGAGUAUAGCUGUUGUAGCAGCAGAUCAAGGUGAUAGUAUGAUGGACAAAGAAGAGACCUUUAGUAGUGACAGUGAGUCAGAAGAUGAACCAGGAAAGGAAAAUGUGACUAACUCAAAGAAGAGUGGAUGGUUCUCAUCCAUGUUCCAGAAUAUAUCUGGGAAGGCUAACUUGGAGAAGGCUGACCUAGAACCUGCACUGAAAGCUCUUAAGGACAGGCUCAUGACAAAAAAUGUGGCUGAGGAGAUUGCUGAAAAGCUUUGUGAAUCUGUUGCAAAGAGUCUGGAAGGUAAAAAGCUCGGUUCAUUCACUAGGAUAUCGUCAACUGUUCAAGCAGCAAUGGAAGAAGCCCUUGUCCGUAUUUUAACUCCUAAGCGUUCCAUCGAUAUACUGCGAGAUGUGCAUGCAGCAAAGGAACACGGGAAACCAUAUGUUGUUGUCUUUGUUGGAGUCAAUGGAGUUGGGAAAUCUACCAAUCUCGCAAAGGUUGCGUACUGGCUAUUGCAGCAUGAUGUGAAGGUGAUGAUGGCUGCAUGUGAUACAUUCAGAUCAGGAGCUGUUGAACAAUUAAGAACUCAUGCACGAAGACUCCAGAUUCCUAUAUUUGAGAAAGGCUAUGAGAAAGACCCUGCAGUUGUAGCUAAGGAAGCAAUUCAGGAGGCCUCUCGCGUUGGUUCAGAUGUUGUUCUUGUUGAUACCGCCGGUAGAAUGCAGGACAAUGAACCACUGAUGAGAGCACUGUCUAAACUAAUCAAUCUGAACAAUCCUGAUCUUGUUCUGUUUGUUGGUGAAGCAUUGGUUGGGAAUGAUGCAGUAGAUCAGUUAUCAAAGUUCAAUCAGAAAUUAGCAGACCUAUCAUCUUCGCCUAAUCCGAGGUUAAUUGACGGGAUCCUACUAACUAAGUUUGACACCAUUGAUGAUAAGGUUGGUGCGGCACUGUCCAUGGUUUAUGUUUCUGGUGCGCCAGUUAUGUUUGUUGGUUGUGGCCAAUCUUACACAGAUCUGAAGAAACUCAAUGUUACAUCUAUUGUCAAAACAUUGCUCAAAUGAAAGAUGAGAGAAAUAUAUACAUAUGGUUAAUUGUCUUUCUUUGUUUUUUGUACUCACAAAUCUUGAUUUGUUAUACAACUUAUAUACUUGAUCCAUUACAGUUGGAGGUGAAAUAAUUUAUUAUUUAUG